AUGGCUUCAUCGGAUGAGAAAAAAAUCCUCGGCUCUACACGCCUUCGCGUCUACGAAUUUGCCCAAGAAGUGGACACAGACUCGGCUGUCGAAGCCGGAAAAAUGGAACUGAUGAAGAAGCUUCGCGCCGCGUUGGAGACGAAACGCGUCGAGCUCGGCGGUCAGUGCAAUUUGCCGCCUUUCCAGAUUUGCAGUAACAACGUGCUGGACCAGUUGACGGAGAUUCGGCCGAACAGCAUCGCCGCCCUGGACCCGGUCACCGAUUGGCCUGACGCGAAGAAGACGCGCUUCGGGCUCGGCUUCAUCGACGUCAUCAAGGACGUGUGCGUCUCCUACGGUCUCGACAUGAAUGCCAAGGGUAGCGGCCUGAAUUUGCUAACGCCAUCUCAACAAGCGGCCGUUUCUGAUGUGCUCAAGCCGUCGCAAGCCGCCGUCUACACGAUGCACCUCCAUUCCGGCGCAACCAUGAAAGAUCUGGCCCAUACGCGCGGGCUGAGCGAGGGUACGGUAGCCACCUACCUGUCCGAGGCGCUACGUGAAGGCCUACCCGUCCACCAAAAGCCGCUUGGGCUCACCGAAGAGAGACGGACAGCCCUUCUUGCUGCAAUUGACGACAAUGGAAGAGAUAUCUUCCGGAUGAAGCCGUUGUUUGAAAAGCUGCCCGAGGGCACGAUGGACUACAACGUUCUGAAGAUGCUGCUUCGAAUUCUCGAAUUCGAGUUUGGCACGCAGAAUGACGGUGAAGAGCCACCGACGUCAGGAGUAGCUUCUGGGGAGACUUCCGCGCCCGCUGUCCCGGCCUGGAUGACGGCGCUCUCCUCACAGCCCCCGGUCAAGAAAUCGAAACAA